UUUUUUUCUUUCUUUAAUAAACAAAUUAUGUCUAAACCUGUUACACCUGCCUCAAAAACCUUUGACUUCUCAACCAUGGGAUUUCAAUAUAGAGAUAUAAAUGGUUUUGUUAAAUAUACUUGGACUGAAGAAAAAGGUUGGGACAAGGGGGUUAUAGAGACCAAUCCUUACUUGAAUGUGCACAUGUGCGCCACUGGUAUUAAUUACGGCCAACAGUGCUUUGAAGGCCUGAAAGCCUUCCGUGAUGCAGAAGGUCGUGUUCGCGUUUUCCGUCCUCAAGUUAAUGCUGCUAGAAUGAUUCGUAGUGCUGAAAUGGGCUUUAUGCCUAGUGUCCCCGAGGAUGUCUUUUUAGAAGGUGUUCGUCGUUGCGUAGAAGCUAACCUUGAAUAUGUCCCACCUAAAGAAACAGGUGGUUCUCUUUAUAUUCGUCCUCUUUUGUUUGGUAGUGGGCCUUACAUUGGUAUGGGAGCUGCUGAUGAAUUUACUUUUAUUGUAUUUGCUAUGCCUGUCGGUGCUUUCUAUACAGGUGGUGUCAAACCUGUUGAUGCUAUUGUGAUUGAAGAAUUUGACAGAAGUGCACCAAAUGGCACGGGUGCUGCCAAGUUGGGUGGUAAUUAUGCUCCCACUUUUAGUCAUAUCGCCAAAGCAAAGAAGGCAGGUUAUGCACUCACACUUCACUUGGAUGCAAAGACGCAUACUCAUAUUGAUGAAUUCUCUACAUCCAAUUUUGUUGCUCUUACUUAUCCUGAUGCUAACGGUGUUCGUACGUUUGUCACACCUGAUUCAAACAGUAUCCUUAGAUCUGUUACUCGUCUUUCUCUUGAAGAUAUUGCAAAGAACCUUGGCUGGAAGGUUGAAGAAAGAGCUGUUGCUUUGAAAGAAGUGGAAGAAGGCAAAUUUGAAGAAGUUGCUGCUUGUGGAACAGCUGCUAUUAUCACACCUGUUAAGAAGAUUGUUCAUGGCAACCAAACCAUCGUCAUUGGUAGUGGCGAACAAACAGAUAUUGGUGAAGGCUUCAAGAAACUAUACGAUGCAUACCGUGGUAUUCAAAGUGGUGAUAUGGAAGAUACGUUUGGUUGGAUGUGGCCUAAAGAAGGCUUGUAAAAUUAAAAUUAAAAUAAAAUGUUUUAUUAUUGACGACCA